AUGUCUACAACAAGCAUACCAAAGACUAUGAAAGCUUUGAUUACGCAGCCUGAUAAGACUGUCGCGGUCCAAGAAAUACCGGUGCCCACCAUCAGCGAUAGCGAGAUCCUCGUCAAGACUGUUGCCGUUGCGCAGAAUCCAACUGACUGGCAAUAUGUUGACCGCGUUACUAACGCUGGUACCAUCUCCGGCUGUGACUGGUCAGGGUACGUGGUUGCUAUCGGCAAAUAUGUCACUACGCCCUCUGUUGGCGACCAUGUCGCUGGAUUUGUCCAGGGAGGGACAUACAAGGAUAGAGGGGCGUUCGCAGAAUACGUGAAGACAGACGCGGAUCUUGCUUGGAAGGUUCCAAGCGGCACACUUUCACAUGAGGAGGCAGCUACCAUGGGAUGCGCGUUCUGGACUGCUGUACAAGGCCUGUUCCAUCCCACUCGCCUUGGCCUUGUCGAACCACCAAGCAAAGUAUCCAAGGAGGAAUGGGUCUUCGUCUAUGGAGGGAGCUCUUCUGUUGGCAUGUACGCCAUUCAACUUGCCCAUCAUGCAGGCUACAAAGUUGCGACCGCUGCCUCACCUAAAAACCAUGAGAUCUGCGAGUCAUAUGGUGCAGACGUAGUCUUUGACUACCGGGAUCCCGAUGCCGUUACUAGGAUAAUAAAAGAUACGACGAAGAACUCGCUCCGCUACGCUUUCGACACGAUUUCUCAGGUAGACACUCAGAAGUUGACGGUGCAAACUCUCGGGUCUAGCGGCGGCGAAGUAAUUGUCAUCCUGGGCCCCUCGAGUGACGCCCAAAAGUUGCGUGAGGAUGUCAAGGUUCAGUUUACCUUGAUAUAUACCUCCCUUGGACGAGAAUUUAAAUUGGGCGGACAUUAUCCGCCCUCGCCUGAGGACCGCAGUCACAUGGCCCAGUUCCUUCAGAAGGUCCCACAGCUUGUGAGUUCUGGCGCAAUCAAGCCCAAUAAAGUGAAGCUCUGGGAGGGCGGCCUUUAUGCGAUCCCGGACGGAUUGCAGUUCAUGAGAGAGAGCAAACAUAGCGGAGAGAAGAUUGUUUACCGAAUUUAA